GCUGAAGAGUCCAGACAAACCGAGGAAGAAGGAUGAUGUGUUCUCUCUGAUCCGGUUCAAUUCUAUUUUGAGUUGGGGGCUGGGACUGACCGAGACAGGGCUGAGGGAAGGGAAGAGACACGGCCAUGACUGGAGCGGCCACUCUGAUCUUGCUGCUGCUGUCCACGCUUCCGGGGGGCGGUGCCCAGAACGUGCGAGUGGAAGUGAUCCCCGUGGUGCGGGGGCGGCUGGGGGGCACCGUGGACCUGCCGUGCCGCCUGCUGCCCACGGGGCCGGAUGUCAAGGUUUCUCAGGUGACGUGGGUGCGCUGGGACAGGGUCGGCAGGAGCUACAGCGUGGCCGUCUCUCACCCCGAGCACGGAGCCAGUUUCCCGGACCCCGAGGCCGAUGGACGGCGGCUGAAGUUCCUCUCGGCCGGGUCGGUGGGUGAGGCCGCCCUGCGCGAUGCCACCCUGCAGGUGCGGGAGCUGCGGGCUCAGGACCAGGGCAAUUACACCUGCGAGUUCGCCACCUUUCCUCGGGGCAACAGCAAGGGGGCCACCUGGCUCAGAGUGGAGGCUGCACCCCAGAACCAGGCCUGGACCCAGGAGGUGACCCAGAGCUCUGCACCUGCCCCUGUCGCCUUCUGUGUCUCCACCGGGCUCCCGGCCGCCCGCCUCUCCUGGUCCACAUCCCUGAACCACGAAGCCAACAUCACCCAAGAAGAGCUGCCUAAUGGCACCAUCACUGUCACCAGCCAACUCAGCCUGCUGCCCACCCGGAACGUCCACGGGCAGAGCGUCACCUGCAAAGUGGAGCAUGAGACCCUGCAGGAACCUCAGAUGCUGCCCGUCACCCUCGCCAUACGCUACCGCCCCGAGGUCUCCAUCUCCAGCUACGACGAUAACUGGUUCAUCGGCCGCAGCGAUGCCAUUCUGAACUGUGAUGCCCAGAGCUACCCAGAGCCCACGAGCUAUGAGUGGAGCACGCUGUCAGGCUUUCUCCCCUCCACAGUCAAAGCCCAGGGCUCCCGUCUUAUGGUUUACAACGUGGAUAAUCUCGUGAACACGACCUUUGUAUGCAAAGUCACCAAUAAGGAGGGCAGCGGGUUUGCCCAGCAGACUAUCCUAGUCAGAGAAACUUCUCUUGAGACAAAGCACCUGCUCUCUGGAGGAGCCAUUGUCGGUAUCGUGACUGGGGUCCUGGCGAUGGUGGGGCUAGCUGCAGCGCUGGGGUAUUUCCUGGUCAUUCAGAAGCUUGGCUCAAAGGGCAAGGAUGCCAAUUCGACAGCUGAGACCCCAUCAUCAGCAACAUCAGGAGAGAAGCUUCUCUUGUAUAGACUACUUCCGGAUGCCCUGGACAACCUUCAUGCCAAGCCCGAUAACUCCCGGACACCUUCCAACACCAGGCCCGCCUAAGCCACAGUUCAUCCCUUCCCCAGCCCCAAGACCACCAAAGACUUCUGAAGCAAGAACCACAAAGCUGAACCAAGGAACUCUUGGAGUAAAGAUUCUCGUAUCUACCCCCAGAAUUGAGACCCUAGCCUGAGGGUCAACUGACGAACUAAGGAGCGACGGUUUGAGGGGAGAGGAUGGGGCUGCCUAGUGGGCCAUUUGCCAAAGUGCCAAGCUCCCGACUUUUUCCUUUUCCAAGGGGACAUUGAAGUGGGGGUGAUUUUGCCUCUUCUGACCUUUCAGUACUUCUUCCUCUUCCUGCUGUGUAAGAUCAAUUGGCUUGUCCCCACCUCUCCAGCCACUCCAACCUCCCUCCUCGCUGAUGGGGAGAAAUAAUGAACUGUCCUCCUGAUCCUUCCCUUCCCCCACGCACUUAGUGACAGGACUCCAAGGGGUUGCUGAGGGGCCCAGGGUGGGUGCUACAGAUUUUCCCUUCCCCACAGCCCCCCACCCCUCCCUCAGGGCCUGUCUGUUCCUCUCCCUCUCUUGGGAAGCCUCAGCCUCCGUGGGGGUGGGUUUGGUCCCCAGGAGCACCCCCGAGGAGCUGUGUUUGCACUACCACUCACACGGGGAAGGAGGUUUCAUUCAUUCAAUAGUAUUUAUUGAACGUUUACUAUGUGCAGAGUACUGUACUAAGCGCUUGGA